AAUCACGAGAAAAUAAUAAAAACUGGCAACAUUGUAGAACUAGUCGAUGUUGCCAGGUAAAGUUUUAGAAAAAUCUGGGAAAUGUACCACGAACCGAAUGUCAUUUGCGUUCAUGACGUUAAAUUGACGUUCAUUCCGACCGAUAUUAAUUUGGAUUCGUUUGUAAAUAAAAAUAUACAUAAUUAUGGUGAAUACACAGUUUGCGUUAUCAUGGGAAGCACACAAAAAGAAUGUGUGCAAUGGUUUAAGUUCACUGCAACAGAAUGGCGAAUUUGUAGACAUGACUUUAGCUGCAGAUGGUCAUAUGGUGAAAGUGCACCAGGUUGUCAUGGCCCUAGCCAGUCCCUACAUCAAGGAUCUUAUAGCAUCAGCGCAGUGCCCCCAUCCUAUCAUAUUCUUGAAUAGAGUAUCUUAUUCAACAUUAUGCUCAAUUCUUGAGUACAUAUACACUGGAGAAGUGUUGGUGAAUAGUGAAGACUUGCACCAACUCAUAGAAGCUGGUAGUGAAUUACAUAUAAAGGGCUUGGGAGACAUGAAAACGGACCAAACUGCCUCUAGUAAUCGAACCUCAGCUCAAUAUGAAUCUCAUACACAAUCCCAAAAUGAGGAUGAAGAUGUUUGCUACUUUGAGAUUAAUGAUAUGCCCGAAAAGGAAUCCAAGUACCAGAUACAUACUCAAAAUAUGAAUUAUGAUGAGAAGGAAUAUAUUUUGGGCACAUUAGAUAAUGUAAAGUCAGUUGACGAGUCCUUCAUGGAGCUGCAAGAAGAUAUGGAUACCAAUGUCAUAGCACUGACAGAUACUGAUCACAGAAUGGACCCAGUUGGAAGUAAAAAUACUGGCGUUAUUCAGUACACAGUGUCAAACCAGGGCAGUUUACAGAUGAUCCUGAACAGAUACGUGUACUACCUGAAACAUACGAACCGCAACAGUAGCAGGCAGUGGCGAUGCGUUGACUACGUCACAUCAAUGAAAUGUCCCGCGCACGUCGUCACUAAAGACGAUGUUGUCGUUCAAAGGAUUGCUGCACACAUUCAUCCCUUCCAUGACAAGAAAAUUUUGAAAAAAGUUCAGGCUGGAUCAAUAUUUACCGCGAUAAAUGAAGCAGAAAAGAAAGGAAAUGCACUACUGGGCAAUAAACGGGCAAAACUAGCGCUUGCAGAAGAUGAGGGUAGCAAAUAAAUUAUUUAAGAAGUAAA